AUAAAAAUGAUAAUUAUUUUUUUUAUUUCUUUAUUAUUAAUCGUAGGGUUUGUAGCUUUUGCUUCUAAGCCCUCUCCGGUAUAUGGGGGGUUAAGUUUGGUUGCUAGUGGGGGUUUGGGCUGUGCGGUGGUGGUGUGUUUAGAAGAUGUAUUUUUGGGGCUAGUUGUUUUUUUAGUCUACCUAGGUGGUAUGUUAGUAGUUUUUGGUUACACUGCUGCUAUGGCUACAGAAGAGUUUCCGGAGACAUGAGUUGGAAAUGCUGUGGCUAUAAGUAUGUUAUUAUUUGUUUUGUUGAUGGAAGUAGUAUGAUAUUAUUUUUCUGGAGAAGUUCAUAUUAAUAUGGCUAUUGAAUUGUUUGAUUUUGCUGGCAGCCAUUGUAUUGGUCAAGAUUUUAAUGGUGUUUCGUUAUUAUAUUGAUGUGGUGGUUGAGCUUUAGCUUUAUUAGGGUGGAUUUUAUUUAUUACUAUCUAUGUUGUACUAGAGGUUGUUCGUGGGCGUAGA